GGAGAAGUUGCGCCUUGUGGCAGAUACCCGUUCAUGGUGACAAUCCAGGAUCGACAAAAUGUGCACCUGUGCGGAGGUGUAUUAAUAGAUCCUGAGUGGAUAUUGACAGCCGCGCACUGUGUUGACUCAUGGGGCAUUCCAAAACUAGUCAUUGGGGCAUGUCUGUUUCUUGACAAGGACAUGAUUCGUGAGGUAUAUAUUCAGCCUGCAGACAGAGGCAUCAAAAUCCACCCCAACUGGACGGGGGAUGUAGCUGAUGGGAACGACCUGGCACUCAUAAAGCUGCCUGAAUCGUCAGAAAUGCAACAUGUCCAAAUUUUGAAUAUGAGUGACAGUCUUCAUCCUGGCACAUUGCUGGUGGCAGUUGGCUGGGGAGACCAAGGGAGGGAGACCUCACCCUAUAGCCAUUUCCAACAGGCAGAUGACAUGGUGUUUCUGGAGCAAAAUCUUUGUCGCCAAAUGUGGGCACCCGAUGUUUUCAUCUCAGACACCGUGAUCUGCACUGUUGGCGACCAGAGUGUCUGCAUAGGUGACAGUGGAGGUCCUUUGCUGUUGGCUGAUGCUCCUGAUGGCAAUGUGGCUGCUGGGGUGCCCAAUAAAGAUUCUUUAGUUGGCAUAAUAUCAUUUGGCAAUGGAUCAAAGUGUGAAAUGGGCAAAUCUGUCGUGUAUUCCAGAGUGUCCAGCUUCCAUGAUUGGAUCAAGAGCAUAAUACAGCAG